AUUAACCUUAAAAUUGAUUAGCUUAUGUAAAGCUAUCUGUCCUAGGUUCUACAGGAGAAGAUCGUCCAACAGUCCGAGAAGACGCCAUGUACCUAGGAGUUGUUCAGUUGUUGCUGUGUUUCGGACUUGUCUCUGGGAGCUGGCAGUCGAUCAGAGAAGUUUGGCAAUGUAGAAACAAUCUUUGUGAAAACGACGGGACUUGUCGGCUAAGAAAUCAAUCACCGGUUUGUGUUUGUAAACCCGGGUUUACUGGCCAAUACUGCGAAAUCCAGAAAGAUCCAUGCGACGAUCUUCAUUGUACAAAUGGCGGUAAUUGCAUUCUGAAAGGAGAUGCAGCUUUUUGUCGGUGUAUGCCCGGUUACUAUGGAAACACAUGCGAAUUCUACAGAGACCCCUGCCGGAAGUACAUUUGUCUAAAUGGCGGGAAAUGUGAAAAGCCGAACAACGUGCCACAGUGUGUUUGCCAGGAAGGAUUCUACGGCGAGAAUUGUGAAAUGAGUGUAGACCCGUGCUGGGGACAGCUAUGCCUGAACGGUGGGGUGUGCUCGGCAGAUGAUGAUAAGCCUGUCUGCAAGUGCCCAGGCGGAUUCUAUGGGGACAAAUGCGAGCUAUCUCUAGACCCCUGCCAGGGUUUGAUCUGCUACAAUGAUGGUACCUGCUCACAGGAGGGGGGUGUGGCCUUCUGUGUCUGUUCCCAGGGAUAUACUGGCAAACGCUGCGAGUAUUCUUUGUCCUGCCCCACUGGCCCUCUUGCUGGCUGCGGGAACAACUUCUGCCACGAAGACGCCAACUGUGCUGAUGGUGAACGAUGUUGUCCAAGCCCAUGCAGCGGAAAUAGAUGCUUUGAACCCGUCUUUGAUAUCGUCAUGGACCCCUGCGCACGUUUCUGUAAAAAUGGCGGCAAAUGCCGGAAAAGAAAUGGCCGACCUUUUUGUGAAUGCCUGGAAGGGUACAGAGGCGAUCGGUGUGAAAAUUCGGAGUUGAGAGACCACCCUGGCAAAUGUCCGAGCUUUGAUCUGUUGCCUGCAGACUUUUGUGGCGAUGUGUUCUGUAAGGACGACUGGGACUGUGAACUCAGCCAGAAAUGCUGCAGGAGCCCCUGUGGUCGUCGGCGUUGUAUACCAUCCUCUGUUGAACAGAUCGACCCCUGCAAAGGUUUCUGCAAACACGGUGGCAAGUGCGCUGCCAUUGCCCGCAUGCCGGUGUGUUUCUGUAGACGGGGAUACACGGGCUUUCAAUGUGAACACAUCUUAAACCGUGAAAUGUGCCCAAUAAAGAUCCUAACAAGCAAGCAGGAGAAUGAGCACAAUGACCUCUGCAAGCAAGUCUGCCAGGUCGACAGUGACUGUCCAGGUGAACAAACCUGCUGUAACACACCUUGUGGAGGGACGUUGUGUAUAGAGAAAGAUAACAUCAAUACCUGCGAGGGUUAUUGCCAAAAUGGUGGGGUGUGCAGCAACGAAGAUAACGAUCCCACCUGCACCUGUCCCCUGGGGUACGAGGGAUCAAAAUGUGAAACCAAACGUGAGAGACCUGGCACCUGCCCUCAGCCACUGUACAUGGACAACAGUAUGAUACAUUGUGAUACGGAUGAUGCUUGCAGCCCCGGUCAGAAGUGCUGCUCCACUGAAUGUGGUGGAAGGAUUUGUACUGGCACUGCCGAGGACGGUGCCGUCUAUUUAGAUUCCCUGUGUAGAAAUUUGAAAUGUGAAUCAGGAUUACAAUGUCGUGUCAUUCAUUCGUGUUUCGAUGGUGGGCCUAAGGCUGUCUGUGCUGAUACAACAUGGGAAGAUAACUUAUGCAGCGCCACCAACUUGACCCAGGCGAUAUUGCUACAGAGUGAAAGCAAUCCACCAGAGUUCAGACCCCUGAACUGUGACUACCCCCCGGACAAGAGAUACUGCCCCAUCGGGGCCAAGUGUGUAAAUAACAUCUAUGGAAAUAACAGGUGUUGCUUUGGGACACAGGAAAAAGAAAAGGACCCGAGCAGAGAAUGCCCGAGCAACAUUCUGGAACACACCUUUGACUGCGACCAACCACACACAAACUGUAGCAGCGAUGUGCCGUGUCCAGAUGAGGAAAUGUGUUGUCUGACCAACUGUGGGCAGAUCUGCACCAACCCCACGAUGGACCCUAAUGGUUGCCCCGCGCCUUGUCCAGAAGGCAGUACCUGUGUGAAGGCAGCUUCCAGCUGUCCAGAAAAUGUCACCUGUAUACAGGUGCCCACAGCCUCCUGUGUCCCCAACACCUGCUUAAGCUGUAGCGAUGGUGAGAUCUGUGUUAAUAAGACGGCGGACUGCCUAGAGAACCAGUGUGAAUUCGAGUGCAGAAAGCUGGAUAAAUGCGGAAACUGCUCUAAUGACAUGGUGUGUAAAGACACGGGCUUAAAGUGCUACCCAGAGCCUUGUGAAUCCUACACGUGUGUCAAACCCGACGAGUGUGGGGGGUGCCCCAGGGACGAGGAGUGUGUGAUGAUGUCCCCCACCAGAGGGGACGUUGGAGACUGUGUCGUCAGGGAGGGCAAGAUUACAGAGUGCAACAGCACACUGUAUGACGCAGCAUCCAUGCUGAAUGACACUGAGUUUGUGUGUGUCCCAACCAACAGAAGUCUUCCUCAAGUGCCUGAAGUCUAUUGUCACAAUUGUCCGGAAAACGAAAUGUGCGUCGACACCUUAAUUGAAUGCGUCACAACGCCGUGCCCAAAGUACAAAUGCGUGCCCCUUCCACCGGUGUCAUGUGAUAUUCACUGCCCCGAUGGUUAUUUCUGUACGCUGCGCACCAAAGAAUGCACAGAGGAAGACAUCGUGCCAUGCAUGAAAACCAGAACUGCAGUGUGUGUGCCACGAACUGGGGAGUUGCGGUACUGCGCCAAGACGACUGUUAUUACUGAUGAUUCUGCGGUGUGCAAAAGUGAGAAAAGAACCCAUAGGCUGUGCUCUAUGGAUGAAAACUGCCGCGAAGGCCGAAGGUGUUGCCCGUCUAAGUGCAACAGGAAGAUAUGCCAAGACAUGAUAUAACUCAACAUAAUUGGCUUGUCACUUUGUUAGAUGUAUACAACAUUGACGAAAAGAGGUUGUUGAAAAUAAAAUUUAAAAAAUGUAGAGGUAUGACAUAAUUUAA